CGUUGUCAGUGUGACGGCACGUCUGUCUGGUCUGUGCAUAACCUGUUCAUCUGCUCUGGUAUUCCAGAGACCAGGAAAGGAUCCUUCACCGCUAGGAUGCAGAGAGGAACUACAGUAUCUAGAUCUGGUGAAUGACCACCAUGCAACUUUUGAUGAAUACCUCUUCGAGUGUCGUCUUCAUGGUUGACCGACGGGUCACAGUGAUCUAAACAGUGCCUCUUCAUUGUGUCAUGUUGGAGUGUUUUGAGCUUCUCAACUUCUAACACUAGAAGGCAAGACUUCUGACACCGAGAGGAGAAUGCUGUAGUGAUUUAGGAUUAGAAAAAGGAGAGGUUGGCCUGUGGUUUUGAGAGAAUGAGAAGAUAACGAGAAAGACUUGGGGGAUGACAGAAUCCCGACUGCGGGUAUUUACGGACUCAGAGGAGGACAGUAUUCCGGUUCACAUAUUCAACACAGUCAAAAAUGACGUCAUGGGGCUUCCACUUCCUUUAGCCGACAUGAGAACACUUUCCCCCACAGACUCAUUGGGAUGUUCCUCGACACUUUCCUGAGGCUUGCUGAUCCUGAGGUGUGUUGUCGUUGUUUUGUUGUGUGCUGACUGAGACAUUGGAGAGGAGCCAUAGAUACCACCGGUACAGAUGUCUUCCUCAGGCGACACAGUGGGCCCAGGCAGGAUGGGACUACUACCCAGGGCUGACACAGCGGACCCUUACAGGAUGGGACUACUACCCAGGGCUGACACAGUGGGCCCAGGCAGGAUGGGACUACUACCCAGGGCUGACACAGUGGACCCUUACAGGAUGGGACUACUACCCAGGGCUGACACAGUGGGCCCAGGCAGGAUGGGACUAGGACCCAGGGCUGACACAGUGGGCCCAGGCAGGAUGGGACUAGGACCCAGGGCUGACACAGUGGGUCCAGGCAGGAUGGGACUAGGACCCAGGGCUGACACAGUGGGCCCAGGCAGGAUGGGACUUGGACCCAGGGCUGACACAGUGGGCCCAGGUAGGAUGGGACUGGGACCCAGGGCUGACACAGUGGACCCAGGCAGGAUGGGACUAGGACCCAGGGCCGAGCCAGGUGGAGUAACGAACAGGCUGUUACCCAGAGGGACUCCAGCGGGGCUGAGGCUGGGCCUGUGGAUCCUGUGUUUCAGCUGGUUCUGCUUCACUGCUCACGCUCAGAUGAAGAUACCACCUGAGACGGUCCAAGAUUGGGCAAAUGUCCUUUCAGUGCAACUACGCGAGGCUACCACAAGAUAUUCGGGAGCUAACAUUCUGCAAAAGAAAUUCAGAGAUGUAGAGUCCAUUAUCAAGAUAGUGGACAUCGAUGGGAGAGCCCAAGUGAGGGACUUUUCAGAGGACAUAGAGAGAAUGCUGGGGUCCAAGAUGAAGUCCGUUAAGCGGUUGGCUGAGUCUGCGGAGGAUGCAGAUUUGUACCACGAGUUCAACAAAACUCUACGGUUUGACUACUAUAACUCCAUGCUGGUGAACACAAUGGAUGACGAUGGUAACUUCAUAGAGCUGGGUGGGGAGUUUCCUCUGGAGGAGAAUGAGCAUUUCAACAACAUCCCAGUCAACACAAUGCAGAGUGACAUACAGGUCCCCACCAAUGUCUACAACAAAGAUCCCUACAUCCUCAAUGGAAUCUACAUGUCGGAAGCUUUGAAUGACGUGUUCGCCAAUAACUUCAAGAAAGACCCCACCCUCACCUGGCAGUACUUUGGCAGCUCCUCGGGUUUCUUCAGAAUCUACCCUGGUAUCAAAUGGACUCCAGAUUCAAAUGGUGUGGCUGCUUUUGACUGCAGAAACCGUAACUGGUAUAUUCAGGCUGCCACCUCACCAAAGGACAUUAUCAUUGUGGUGGACAUCAGUGGCAGUAUGAAAGGCUUGAAGAUGACCAUUGCAAAACACACCAUCAACACCAUCCUGGACACGCUGGGGGAGAACGACUUUGUCAACGUCAUUGCUUACACUGACUACGUGCGCUACGUAGAGCCCUGCUUCCAAGGCACUCUGGUGCAGGCUGAUUUGGACAACCGUGAGCAUUUUAAGGUGCUGGUGGACGACCUGCAUGUGAAGGGAGAGGGUAAAGUUGCGAAGGCCAUGAAGGAAUCGUUCAAAAUCUUGAACGAGGCAGCGACCAAGGGCCAAGGCAGCCUGUGCAACCAGGCCAUCAUGCUGAUCACAGAUGGAGCCAUGGAGGACUUCAAGGACGUGUUUGAAGAGUUCAACUGGCCUGAUCGCAGGGUACGGCUCUUCACUUACCUUAUAGGCAGAGAGAUGACCUUUGCAGACAACACCAAGUGGAUAGCCUGCAACAAUAAGGGUUACUACACACACAUCUCCACUCUGGCUGACGUACAGGAGAAUGUCAUGGAGUACCUUCAUGUCUUGAGUCGACCAAUGGUCAUCAAUCACAAUCAUGACAUCAUCUGGACGGAGGCCUACAUGGACUCUGUGCUCUUUGCCACAAAGGCUCAAAGUUUACUUCUCAUGACCUCCGUGGCAAUGCCUGUCUUCAGCAAGAAGAAGGAGACGCUGUCUCAUGGGAUUCUGCUGGGUGUGGUGGGUUCUGACAUCCCUCUGCUGGAGGUCAUGAAGCUGGCUCCCAGAUAUAGGCUGGGUCCACAUGGUUACGCCUUCCUCAUCACCAACAACGGUUACAUCCUGGCACACCCUGACCUGCGACCUCUUUAUAAAGAUGGUAAGAAGCUGAAGCCCAAGCCCAACUACAACAGUGUGGACCUGGCUGAGGUAGAGUGGGAGGACAUAGAUGAGACACUAAGGACAGCCAUGGUGAAAGGGGAGACAGGCACUCUGUCCUUAAAUGUGAGAGCAUCAGUAGACAAAGCGAAAAGGCCUAUGUUCUUAACAAAUGACUAUUUCUACACAACCAUCAACGACACCCCAUUCAGUUUUGGUAUGGUGCUGACCAGGGGUCACGGACAGCUGAUGUUCAUGGGGACGGUCUCUGUGGAAGAGGGCCUGCAUGACCUGACGUCCCCUGAUCUAUCCAUAGCCGCUGAGUGGACAUACUGUGAGACAGACAUUGACCCUCACCACCGCAAAUACUCUCAGCUCCAGGCUGUCAUUCACUACCUGCAGGGGAAGGAGCCUGACCUGGAGUGUGACGAGGUGCUGCUGCAGCAGACCCUGUUUGAUGCUGUGGUGACAGCCCCCUUAGAAGCCUACUGGCAGGCAAUAAUGCUCAAUGCAUCUGGGAUGGAGGCGGGUGUGGAGACAGCCUUCCUGGGAACUCGCUCUGGCAUCAUCCGGCUGACCAGAUACACCGGCAUGGAGACCAGGGUCGCCAAGAAGUUCCUGACUCCAACGGAUAAGGACAACCUGUUCACCAUGGACCACUUCCCCCUGUGGUACCGUCUGGCCAUGGAGAACCCUCCCGGAAGAUUCCUCUACUACAUUCCGGUGGAGGACAAUGACAAGACAGGGGCGUCGAAGUAUGUCAUAGCUGUCACAGCUGUGACUGUGUCAUCGGGAGGCAAGACAGCCAUGGCUGGAGCCAUCGGGGUGCAGAUGUCCUUGGAAAUGCUGGAGAAGAGGCUAUGGGCCAUUACCUUUCAGCCCAAUGACACAGACUGUACUGAAGUGGAAGGUGUCUGCCCUCUCACCUGUCAAAGCAUUGAUGUCAACUGUUUCCUUGUGGACAGCAACGGUUUCAUCAUAGUCUCGAAAGAGAGGUCAGAGGUCGGACGUUUCUUUGGGGAAGUGGAUGGGUCUGUGAUGACAGCGUUGAUCACGUCAGGCAUGUUCAAGCAGGUGUCGCUGUAUGACUACCAGGGUAUGUGUAGAUCAGGACACAGUCAUUCCAGUAGUGCUCGGCCUCUGCUCAGUCCUUUCUACAGCCUUGCGGCAGUGAUCAAAUGGUUCUUUUCUCACAUGUUGAUGUUCUUAAUGGAGUUCAACUUCUGUGGGUUGUGGCACUCUGAUUACAUUGUAGACGCCAAGGCUGGCUACCAUACAUCCCAUAAAGCUAAGAAGGUUGACGCGCUGCAGCCGUGUGACACAGAGUAUCCUGGCUUCGUGUACGAUUCCUCCAUCAGAGAAACCAACAGCCUCAUCAAAUGUGGCCGUUGUCAGAAGAUGUUUGUGGUGCAGGCGGUUCCUGAAAGUAACAUGGUGUUGAUGGUGGUCCAGGCGGACUGUGACUGCUCCCGGCAGUACUCCUCCAUCACCCUGGAGCCCAAGGAGGUCAAAUACAACGCAUCAGUCAAGUGUAACAGGAUGAAAUCUCAGAAAGUCCGCCGGCGCCCAAACUCCUGUCACGCCUAUCAUCCUAAGGAAAAUGCCAAGGACUGUGGAGGAGCUUCAGAGAUCAGCCUAUCGGUGGCCGCCUUCUUGACUUCUCUGGCCACUUCAUUGGCCCUCUGAAGAUGGAUAUAACAAGGCUCCACCUCUCUUAUGGCCGUUCACAUUUCCUUUUUUGUAUAUUUUAUUAUUUUAUAAAAGACCUUUAACUACAUAAAGGACCUACCAAUACAGUAGUUAAAGUCAAUUCCGGAGCGAGGGCUAUUUUCUAGUAAGACUCCUUUUCCCACAAUGAGAAAGAGACUCAACAGUCCAAACAAAAGCCACAUUUCUUUGCUUGGGACUCUUUUGCAUGAGCCAUGGGAUAUGAACUUGUGGAAAUGCAAAGCAAUGAGAGACUGUUAUUUUCAUGGAGACACGGAUAUGGUACGACGAACCCUGCCCUCUGCUGGACAAUCCAUCAGAUUUUUAUACACAGUAACAUUAAGCUGUAUUGUAUUAAAACUAUUUUUUAUGUUGAAAUGAACUACUGUACCAAAACUGUGUGCUAUGAAAUAGGAAUAUUCAUAUUUUUGUGGUAUACUUGAUGAACAUUUGCAAUAAAUAAUGUACAUUCGUGUUUA